CGCUAAUUUAAACCGUCAUCGCAACAAUAAAAACGGGAUUUCUGCCUCUGUGUCAAAAUAUACAAACUCCAUGCCGCUGCGAAUUAGGCGUAAAUAAAACGGAGGAUUUUUUAAAGGUGCCGCCCCAAGUAUUGAUUCAGAGCCCGGCCUGGUGAGCGAGAAGGCAUGGAAGGCGUGGAAGAGGAAAUAUCAAUGACAGAGGAAGGACAAGGAGAUGCUGGGAGCAGUGAGGGGGAGUCCGGGGUAGAUAUGUCCAACAGCAGCCCCGGGCCGACCAAAAGAGGAAGGGGGAGGCCAAAAGGAUCCAAAAAGUUGCAGGUGUGGGUUACACAUGUUAACUUGUCCGACCUGGGUUCAGACUUUUCGAACGGCGGGCCCGCACAGCCGCUGAAACGGCGAGGGAGGCCAAAGGGCUCCAGCAAAAAAAAAACAGCGCAGCAAAGCGAACAAGAAUCCGGAGAUGAUGCUCUUGACAGUUCUGUGCAUCCGCAAAAGAGACGAGGGAGGCCGAAGGGGUCCGGCUCCAAGAAACAAGCCAGUAUUAAGAGUAGUAAGGGUAGUAAGGGUUUGGGGGUGGAUCGAACUCCUAAGAAGAGAGGAAGGCCAAAAGGGUCUCCUAACAAGAAAGUGCUAAUGGUCAGUCAAGAUGAAUGGGAGGUGAACCUACUGAACGGCGGUGCUAGCUCGCGGAAAAAAGGUCGGGGCCGCCCCAAAGGAUCCUCUUCCUUGAAGCGCAAGGCGGAAAGGGCUGUCACCGAGAAGCAGGAUGACGGCAGUUCUGGACCACCUAGGAAGAGGGGGAGGCCAAAAGGCUCCCUAAACAAAUCCCGGUUUACGGAGGAGAGAGAACUGAGCAGCGAAGGGGAGUCGGGGACAGAUUUAUCCUAUGGAAAUUCAAGUCCACCAAAAAGAGGGAGAGGCAGACCUAAAAAACACAUGGCCGGGGAGUAUGCUGUUAGCAAGGAGGAAUCGGAUGUGUCUGACAGUGGCGUCAAACCACCUCAGAGAAGGCGGGGCAGGCCAAGGAAAGGAGCAAAUACAAGUGUUCAGCAAGCGAGAGGCUCAUCGACUGUACAAGAGCCGGGGGCCACAGGGGGCUUCGAACCUCCUAAGAGGGGAAGGGGGAGACCAAAAGGCUCUUUGAACAAGAGAUUUCCGUUGAUAAAGGUGUACAGUUUGGCGGGAAGGCCGCGGAAAAUAGUACCCCCUUCAAAAGUAGAUGCAGCCGCCCCCACCUCGGAAACGGGAAAGAAGCGUGGCCGGCCGCGAAAAGAGACACCCAAAAGGGGACGGCCGCGGAAGUACCCUAUACCGUCGCCCGAGGAGGUGAAGAAACCAAAAGUUUGGAAGCCGCUGGGAAGGCCGCGCAAGUACCCUCGGGUUGAUCCCCCGGACGGUUCUGCUUCGACCCCCCGCAGAGGCAGAGGGCGCCCUCGAAAGUCCGAGUCCAAAAAAGGUGCUCACUUGCGAAGGAGUUUGCUGUUGACUUCUUUUUCUUUGCCGCGCAACCCAAACGGUGGGGGCCCGAGAAAGAGAGGCCGGCCUUCGGGUAGUGUCAAAGGUGAAAAUGGCACCCCGCGAAAAAGGGGUCGCCCCAAAGGCUCUGUCAAUAAGAACAAAGCGGGAAACAAGACACAGCUAGAGAGCACACUCUCGGCGAAGCGCCCCCGCCACUCAAAAGGAAAGAAGGGUUCGGCCGCUGAGCAGGGGGGAUAUGAGUUAGAGGAGGAGGUCGAACAGAACGGGGACGCUGGAGAUACCGAAGCAACGGUCGUCGAUGAAGACCGAGGCUUUGCCCCGCUCGACGAAAGUGACUUGUCAGGCAGCACAGAAGCGGUUCAGAAUUGAAGUCGGCCCCGCAAGGGAGCAAAGAGAGCCUUGCUCAGCCCUCAAGGUCGCAGGCAAAAAGGAUUUGCAAAGCACGGACUCAAAAGUACAACACAUUGUGUUGCUGUUUAAAAAAGCAAAUCCGAUCAUAAAGGAACAGACAUGUUUUUAACAUUUGUUGUCAGUGGGUUAGGUUAGAUAUUCUGCAGCUCCUAUUUAGUUCUCCUGACUAACCUGUUUUCCUUUUUUUAAUGUACUUUCAGCAUUGUUGACGUGUUCGUUUAAACCGACAUUGCCAUUUUUUGUAAACGUUAUCCUUUGUACUUUCACGUAUAAACCGACGGCGCGCACACUAGAAAUACCGAACGAG